AUGAAAUUUUCUUCAUCUCAUGAGAAGAUCACUAUUCCGGUCAAGAUUCAGGUGCUGCUGGCCGCUUUCGUCUGCGUCGCCUUCGGGAACGCUACGCCACUGUACCUUCCAGACGCGCAGGUGCCCGAGACACCGAAAGUUUAUGCCUUCGCGUACGGCGUGCAGGAUGACCUCAGCGGCAGCAACUUCGGCCAUCAGGAGUCCCACGACGGCCUGAGAACGACGGGGCAGUACCGCGUGGCCCUCCCCGAUGGCCGCGUCCAGACGGUCACCUACACGGCCGACGAGAAUGGCUACGUUGCCCAGGUCACUUACGAGGGCGAGGCCAGGUUCCCCGAGCCCCCCACGCCCUCGAAUCAGGGCAGCCCUACGCCCUACAACCUGUACGCCCCGCCCCAGGCCUCUGCGCCCACCACCACCACCACCGCCGCCCCAGCCCCGCCUGCAAGCGACCCCGAGCCGUCGCUGGGCUACCUGCCUCUGCCGCUCUACCAGGCUCCCUCGGCCCCGAAGCAGGAGCCCGCUCGGCUGAGGCUCGACUCCGCGCCCCUGGAGAGCCCCGAGGAGUCGCUCGCUCCCUCGAGGACGCUUUCGCUGCCAGCUGCCUUGGCGAGCCCUUGA